UGAAUUUAUAGUUGAUUUGAAAUUGGUAUUUGCUCAAAAUGUGUGUUUGUAUAUAUAUAAGAUAUAUAGGAGUAGCUUGUUUGAUUUUGGGGUAAAUAUUAGGGUGUGGUGAUUAUGCUAUUUAUAGUAAUGGCAAAUGUAGUUUAGUGGAUUUGUAGGAUUUUUUUUUUUUUUUUUUGUAAAGUUUAGGAAUUAUGACUACAAUUAGAAGAACAUUGUCCCCGGUGCCUAGACCGGGGACAUUGCUAGGUGGAGAAGUAAAUGUUGUUACAGUUGCUUCUCCAUUGUCAAAGUGUACGUCUUGUGAUCAAGACCACACUCCCACAAGCGGAUUUGUUUCCGGUUCAUCUUUUGCAUCGACGGAAUAUGCUUUAUAUCGUUUUCAAACUUUUAUGCUAAAUCUUUUUUCGAAAAGAACUUCAAGGUCAUUGGAUAAGCAAAAACCAAAAGGGAAUGUUUGGAGAAGGUCACUUUUCCAUUUCUUUGUAUGUUUCCUUGUUGGAGUUUUUGUGGGGUUUACACCUAUUGUUUCAAUAAAAACAUCUACCGAUCUUAUGUCAAGAAACCAAGCGUUUUCUUUUGAGCAAGUUGGGAAGAAGGUUCAGUUGUACGAUGUUAAUCAUGUGAUGUCUACAAACCUCACAAACAUAGUGGAAACAUUAGUGGCCAAUAAUUUCUCGUUAGCUUCGGAUCAACUCAUGAUUGAUGUGAAACAAGAAAACAAUACGUCAAACGGUGUUGUUCUUCUUCCACAGAUUCAGGGUCCUGAGAGUGGCAUAGGAAAACUUUUGAUAAUUGUGACCCCAACAUAUCCUAGGAUGUUUCAGGGGUAUUACCUUAAUCGUUUGGCACAUACAUUAAAGUUGGUUGAACCACCUUUGUUGUGGGUGGUUGUGGAAAUGACAAGCCAAUCUGGAGAAACAUCUGAGUUGUUAAGAAGAAGUGGUGUUAUGUAUAGGCAUCUUGUAUGCAUGAAGAACACAACAGAACUAAAAGAUUUGAGGGUGCACCAGAGGAACGUGGCUCUUUCACAUAUUGAAAAACAUAGGCUUGAUGGAAUUGUGUACUUUGCAGAUGAUACUAAUAUCUACUCUACUGAACUUUUCGACCAUAUGAAGCAAAUCAGGCGGUUUGGUACUUGGCCAGUAGCAAAACUAAAGAAGAGCACAAGGGUAGCUGCAUUUGUGGGACCUAUAUGUAAUGGGACACAAGUGGUUGGAUGGCAUACAAAUAAUGUCAUGAGAAAGUUCCAUAGAUUUCACGCAGACUUAGCAGGAUUUGGUUUCAACAGCACUAUCCUUUGGGAUCCAAUGAGAUGGCACCGUCCUACUCGCCAACCCAUCCGGCAGCUUGAUACCAUCAAAAACGGAUUACAAGUGAGCACUUUCAUUGAACAAGUUGUGGAGGAUGAGAUAGAAAUGGAAGGAAUACCAGAGUAUUGCUCAAAGAUAUUAGUAUGGCAUCUUCCCAUGGAAUCAUCAGCUGUCCAUCCUCAACAAUGGUCACUCAAUACUAAUCUUGAUGCUGUUCUUCCGCUUUGAAUUUCAAUUUGAUUCCUCAAUACAAGCUCUUUUCUAAGGGACAGUUGUAAAAUGACGAGUAAAAAGAAAAGUGACGGGAGUUCUAAUUUGAUGGGCUCCUGCUCCAGGAUUGUUACAACACAAGGCACACAUCAUUUUCCGUAUCUUGGGAGCAAAAUUUGGAUCUGUAGUUUUUUUCUCUCAUAUUAUAGUAUUUUGUUGUGGUUUUGUAAGCUGAGGAGACUAUCGUUGUACAGUUGCCGACUACCAUCAGAUCUCACUUUGGCUGCACUUUUUGCAAAGAAGCAAAAAAGGGCAUGUAGUAUGGGUAGAAAUCAGUUGUAUUUAAAAUGAUAGCAUAUGAAUAUGCAAUGCCCCAUGUUAGAUGGUUUCUACAUGGCGUGAGUUAUGGCUUUUGAUUUAGGCUAAAGUUCAGUUAUGCCGAAA